AGGCAAACAGCAAGGGCGCCGACAGCUACUUCCACUCCAGGGAGGGCGUCAGCGUCGGCGUGGCGGACGGAGUCGGCGAGUGGGAGUGGCGGUUCAAGUGCAACCCGCGCGGUUUCGCGGACGAGCUGAUGAGCGGCAGCGAGGCCGCCAUCCGCGAGCUGUACGCAUCUUCCGAGGCGCCCCCUGGACCCGAAGAAGCCGCCCUGGCGGCGAUGGUCCGCGCCUGCGGCAGCGCCCGGUCCUUCGGCUCCUCCACCGCGCUGGUGGCGUCCCUCGACGGCGCGAAGGGGCUCCUGGGCAUAGCCAACGUCGGCGACUCGUCGCUGGUGGUGCUGCGCUCCGAGAGCGUGGGGUCGCUGCUCCGGUGGAGGGUGACAGCGCACACCAAGGAGCAGCAGCACGCGUUCAAUUGCCCGUUCCAGCUCUCGUGCAUGCCCACGCAGGAGGAUUUCCCAAAGCUCAUGGCUGAGGGCAAGCAUGCUCUCGUGCGGGCGAUCCAGCGGAACCCGAACGCCCAGAUGGACCUCCCCACGGACGCCGACCGCUACACGUUCCAGGUCCAGGAGGGCGACCUGAUCGUCCUGGGCACGGACGGCGUGUUCGACAACCUGCACUUGGAUGAGAUCUGCGAGCUGGCGAGCCGCUCGGUCACGCCCUUUGAGGCGCGCCAGGGCUUCGACGUCCGGUCCUGCGAGCUGGAGGCGGCCCGCGGCAGGCCGUGCACGGACCCGGGGCGGAUCGCCAGGGCGCUCGCGGAGGCCGCGCUGAUACGGUCCCGCGACACGCGCUUGAAGUCUCCGUUCAGCCUGCAUGCGCAGAAGGCUGGGUUGUACCACGUCGGGGGCAAGAUGGACGACAUCACUUGUGUGUGCGCGUGGGUAGCAAGGACCACCUCGUCAUGAGGCUGGGCCGCGUGCGACGCUGCCUGCCCCAGCUGGCCUGGGCGGCCGGUCUGGGCCGAUGAAGCCGAACCCAUCCAUGAGCAGAGUAGUUCGGGAAGAGGGGGUCGGCAUUCUAAGAUGCCACCUUCGUUUAACGUGUCGGGGGCAUGUCUACAUGUUUGUACAACUGUACGACCACCCUUCUGCUGAUAAGGAGAUUGCGUGUUGGGGUUGGGACCUGCGCGCCGAGAGUGGGACAGGGGAGGUCGACCUCCCAGACCGAGGGGUCGCCGAUUCUCUCUGCGGAGACCGACGGUGUCUGAGACGAUUGCAGUCGAUGCACGGUUACGGAUGCGCGUGCCAGUGCCCGAACCACAUGUUUGUGUCAUCUCGGCGUGUUUCGAUGCCCUCUCGACACUUGGUCUUGCACGCUAACUUGGUUUGUUGACUCGAGCCAUUGGCAAUGCGGGUUGAGCAGUUUGCAUGUCGGUCGCCUUUGCUGCUUUUUCUGCAGGUAGGCAUUGGCUAUUAAGAACCGCUUGCAGAGCAACCAUCAAAUAGCCGCAGCCACUUGAAGGCGCGCGUGCGAAACUUUUUAUUUCCGCAUCGUGAGAUGGCAUCGUGUAGUGCAAGCGCGUCUCUGCAGACGCGACGCUGUCGAGCAGCCCCCGGGCACUCGCUUGAUGGCCGCGGCUCGCCG